AUGUUCAUCGUGAAGGAAACUGACGCAUUUCCAGGGCCAAAGUCCUGCACAUAUCCUGGAGUCGGCGAAGCUGGACGCGUCUCAUUUUCGUCGCAAAACCUUGCGGUCGGCUCGUUUUCGGUGUACACUUGCGAGGACGGGUACGAACUAGAAGGUGAGGCCGAACGAAGUUGUGAAGAUGACGCACGAUGGAGCGGAACUAUACCUUUGUGCAAAAAGAAGAAGUGCGCUAAUGUAGAUAUAUGGAGCGGUGGUGGCAUUGUUCGGCUACUAAAUGGAACGAACGAAUAUGGAAAUGAGGUCUGUAAAACUUAUUUUGCAUUCUUGUAGGU